ACAAAGCAGUAUGUUUGGAUCAGUCGUACAAUGAUGUACAAAAUAGUGACUUUAUUUGUUUUGUUUUGUGUUUGUGAUGGUUUCAAAAUAUUGUUAUUUUUUCCUAUUCCUGGAAAGAGUCAUUCCAUAUUAGGUGAAGGCUAUGUUCGUUAUUUAAGCAAUUCCGGACAUGAGGUGACGUAUGUAACUCCUAUAAUAAUGCAGAAUCCACCGCCAAGAGUGCGACAAGUCAAUAUAUCAGAGAACAUAGGCUUACUUCCCGGACACAUAUUUGACAUCCAAAAGCUUAUGUAUAAGGAAUUAGACCUUCAAGAAAUGUAUAUAAUCCGAUCAGUGAUUCGUAACUUUAUAAAUGGCACCCUCCAGGCCUCAACAAUGCAAAACUUCAUGCAUGACCCUAAAGAAGAAUACGAUGUCGUUGUUGUAGAAUGGUUGUACACAGAACUUGGUUCCGGACUGUCUGCGGUAUUCAACUGCCCUCUCAUAUGGUCCACAUCUACGGAAGUCCACUCGGAAAUUCUUUCUCUCAUUGGUGAUGGACUCAACCCCGCUUACUCAGUAUAUAUUUGGGAUAGAGAAUUUUCUACAACCUUCUAUUACCGCUUAAGACAUUUAUGGCUUCUAUUUAAGGAUUUUUAUGAUAGAGUGACCUAUAAAGCGAUAGAAGACAAGAUGUUUGAACAGUCAUUUAAGUCAGCUGUCGAAUCUCGAGGAAGAGCAUUACCAACAUUCGACGAAGUGCGAUAUAAUGCUUCAAUCAUGUUGGGAAACAGUCAUAUAUCCACAGGUGACCCUCACUCAUUACCACAAGCCUAUAAGAAUAUUGGGGGAUAUCAUAUAAAGGAGAAAAUUGAACCAUUGCCAAAGAAUCUGCAAAAACUGAUGGACUCAUCAAAACACGGAGUUAUUUACUUCAGCUUAGGAACAAUGUUACGGAGCAGCGCUCUACCAGAAGGAAAGACGAGAGAAUUAUUAGAUGCCUUUGGUACAUUAAAACAAACUGUUAUAUGGAAAUACGAAGAUCAAUUGACAAAUGUACCUAAGAAUGUUCACGUUGUCCAAUGGGCACCACAACCGAGUAUACUAGCUCAUUCAAACACAGUUUUAUUUAUAACACACGGUGGAUUAUUAUCGCUCUAUGAAAUUCUUAGUAUAGGAUUACCUCUGAUUGGUAUUCCAAUGUUUGGAGAUCAAUUCACAAAUGUCAAUAGAGCGGUUAAAAAUGGUUAUGCGAAACGAUUUGAUAUAGGAGAACAACCAAUUGAAACGUUACUUCAUUAUAUUAAGGAAAUAAUCGAAAAUCCUAAAUAUCGUGAGCGCGCUAAAGAAAUGUCGCGUAUCUACCACUCUCGCACGGCAGACCCUGGCGUAGAAUUGGUUCACUGGAUAGAGGAAGUGGUGACGUCACAGGGUGCGUCCUAUUUACGUUCUCCCGCACUCGGCAUCCCCCUAUACCAGAAGUACUAUCUCGACUUCUUUGCUGUUAUAAUAGUCGUAUUUAGUACUAUCGGAUACCUUGUGCGGACAUUACUGAGUAACUUAUUUAAGAAAUCACUCGAUAUCAAGAAGAUCAAUUAA